CCGCCUAAAAGAGCUCGCCCCCGCGGAUCCCUCCCAAUUCAAGGUGCGGCGGAAGGACAGGUGCGCGAAGGGCCAUCCGGAGAACUCUGUUCAUUCGGAAAUAUCCCAUUUGUCCGGUCACUUGGUCCAGAAAGCGGUGGAAUACGAAAAAAAAAAGACAAUAAGUGAGGACGUUACUUUGCCCCAAGCAAAGCGAACUUGUCAAAAAGAAACCGUCAGUUUGUGAGGAGUGGGGGGUUUGUACCUUCCGGGCGGGCGGACGUCGAUUUUGUUCAUUCCGACUCAAGUCGUCGAAGGAGAAGAAGAAGUGGAAAAUGGCCAACUCCGGUCUGCAGAUCUUGGGCUUCGCCCUGGCCCUUCUGGGCGUAAUUGGAUUGGUAAUUGGCACCAUCUUGCCCCAGUGGAAGAUGUCCGCUUAUGUCGGGGACAACAUCAUCACCGCGGUGGCCAUGUACGAGGGACUGUGGAUGUCCUGUGCGUUCCAGAGCACAGGCCAGAUCCAGUGCAAAGUCUACGACUCGAUCCUGCAGCUCAACAGUGCCCUCCAGGCAACCCGCGCCCUCAUGAUUGUGAGCAUUAUUGUAACGUUGGCUGGCCUGGGUGUAGCCUGCAUGGGAAUGAAGUGCACCAACUGUGGAGGAGAUGACAAAGUGCGCAAGUCCCGCAUUGCCAUGACCGGUGGAAUUAUCAUCUUGAUUGGAUCUUUGUGUGCCAUUGUUGCCUGCUCUUGGUACGCUCAUGACAUCAUCCGGGCCUUCUACAACCCUUUCACCCCUGUCAAUACCAAGUAUGAGUUUGGGUCUGCCAUCUUCAUUGCCUGGGCUGGAGCGUUCCUGGCUGUAGUGGGAGGGGGCAUGCUGGCAGCAUCCUGCCCAAGAGGCAAAUCUACACCGAAGUAUCCCAUCUCCAGACCCCCUAGCAGCAAGGAAUACGUUUGACCAGGACAGGACUCAGUGUUAGAGGCUGAUGGAACACUUUGACAUUCGUGCUCUUCUAACUCAGAGAUUGAUAUGUUGAAAAGAUGUAUCCCAGAAGGCAAUCAGUGUGUGUUUGUUUUUUUUAUUUUAUUUUGUAUUUUAGUUUCUUCAGGACUUACCUGUGAUGUUACUGUAAUAUUAUUUUAACAAAUGCAUUAAAGUUUUUAAUAGCUGUUUACUUCUGAGAAGCCACUCAUUGGCCUUUCCCUGUCUGGAACUAUCCACUUAGAUGACACCUGUAAAGCACUAAGUUAAACUUAAGGUGAAACACCGAUGAUAUCAUACAACUUAGUAUGUAGGAAAUAUUUUUGACAUGCUGCAAGCUACAAUGUACCAUGCAUUAGAAGAAACGGUGUGUCUCUCCGAAAUAGCUUGAAUAAACUGAAUAGAAAUCGGAUAUGGCAAUGAACAACUUUUAAGCCAUUUAUUACUUUAUAGGCUAAAUGCAUAAUAAUUUAUCAUCUGGCACCUGAUAAGCAAUUUGCUACCAUUAUUUCCAUGUAUUUGUACCCUAUUUAUAUGAACAAGACAAAAUUAUUUAGUAACAGUGUAGACUAUUUUGUUUUAAUCAACUGCCAGAGAGAAAUUUUAACUAUACA